UCUGCCCUUGGCUAGCAUGGCUUCUCCUGUUGGCUCCUCUCUUACCCCAAGACCCAUGUCUUCCCGUGCCUGGUAGAUGGCCCAAACCAGGCAGGUGCCACCGAAACCCCUCCCUCUGGCUGGCGGAUGCAGUGCCUAGCGGCUGCCCUCAGGGAAGAGGCCAACAUGAGUGGGGGAGGGGAGCAGGCCGACAUCCUGCCGGCCAACUACGUGGUCAAGGAGCGCUGGAAAGUGCUAAAGAAGAUCGGGGGCGGGGGCUUUGGGGAGAUCUACGAGGCCAUGGACCUGUUGACCCGGGAGAACGUGGCCCUGAAAGUCGAGUCUGCCCAGCAGCCCAAGCAGGUCCUCAAGAUGGAAGUGGCGGUACUGAAGAAACUGCAAGGGAAGGACCAUGUUUGCCGGUUUAUUGGCUGUGGCAGGAAUGAGAAGUUCAAUUAUGUGGUAAUGCAACUCCAGGGCCGCAACCUGGCAGACCUGCGCCGCAGCCAGCCCCGGGGCACCUUCACUCUGAGCACCACGUUGAGACUAGGCAAGCAGAUCCUGGAGUCCAUUGAGGCCAUUCAUUCUGUGGGAUUCCUUCACCGGGACAUCAAGCCUUCAAAUUUUGCCAUGGGCCGCCUGCCCUCCACCUACAGGAAGUGCUACAUGCUGGACUUUGGGCUGGCACGACAAUAUACCAACACCACGGGGGAGGUCCGACCUCCUCGGAAUGUAGCUGGGUUUCGAGGGACAGUUCGAUAUGCUUCAGUCAAUGCCCAUAAAAACCGGGAGAUGGGCCGCCAUGAUGACCUGUGGUCUCUCUUCUACAUGCUGGUGGAAUUCGCUGUAGGGCAGCUUCCCUGGCGCAAGAUCAAGGACAAGGAGCAGGUGGGGAUGAUCAAGGAGAAAUAUGAACACCGGAUGCUGCUGAAACACAUGCCGUCAGAGUUCCAUCUCUUCCUGGAUCACAUUGCCAACCUCGACUAUUUCACUAAGCCUGAUUACCAGUUGAUCAUGUCAGUGUUUGAGAACAGCAUGAAGGAACGGGGCAUCACUGAGAAUGAGGCCUUCGACUGGGAAAAGGCAGGGACUGACGUCCUCCUUUCUACCAGCACGUCCACCCCACCACAGCAGAACACUCGACAGACGGCAGCAAUGUUUGGGGUGGUGAAUGUGACCCCCGUGCCUGGGGACCUGCUAAGGGAGAACACAGAGGACGUUUUGCAGGGUGAACAUCUGAGUGACCAGGAAAACGCACCUCCUCUUCUGCCUGGGCGGCCCCUGGAGGGGCUGGGCCCCAUCCCUCACCCCACUUCCCAUCCUGGAGUCCCUGAAGCUGAGGUCUGGGAGGAGACUGACGUCAACCGCAACAAGCUCAGGAUUAACAUCAGCAAAACACAGUGUGUGGUGGAGGAGGAUCAGAGCCGUGGAGUGGGGGUCCCCAGCUCCCCAGUACGUGCACCCCCAGACUCCCCAACCACCCCUGUUCGCUCCCUGCGCUAUCGAAGGGUCAACAGCCCUGAGUCUGAGCGACUAUCCACAGCUGAUGGGCGGGCUGAGCUACAUGAGAGGAGGUCUCGGAUGGACCUUCCGGGUUCCCCUUCCCGCCAGGCGUGCUCGUCCCAGCCUGCCCAGAUGCUGUCGGUGGACACGGGCCAGGCGGACCGGCAAGCCAGUGGGCGCAUGGACGUGUCUGCCUCGGUGGAGCAGGAGGCCCUGAGCAACGCCUUCCGCUCUGUGCCACUGGCCGAGGAGGAGGACUUUGACAGCAAAGAAUGGGUCAUCAUCGACAAAGAAACGGAGCUCAAGGACUUCCAUCCGGGCGCCGAGCCCAGCACGUCGGGCACGACGGACGAGGAACCGGAGGAACUGCGGCCCCUGCCCGACGAGGGCGAUGAACGCAGGCGGCCGGGGGCCGGAGCUGAGUCCGUCUCAGUGCGGCCCCGAGGGCGCAGCAUACAGACUGUGGCCGAGGAAGACCUCCGGCAGCAGCAUCAGUUGCAGGGCCCGUCAGAUCCCGCCCUGCCUCCCACCCCAGGCAGCCCUUCACACUCCUCCCUGCACUCUGGACCCCGACCGCGGAGGAGGGAGUCGGACCCCAUUGGCCCGCAGAGACAGUUGGAGGAGGACAGACUCUCUGGGCACUCCCUCCCGAGGUACAGCCCCCUACGACGACUGGCGUCCUCCGUGUUCUCCUCCUCCACGCUGGAGACGGAACAUUACCCUCACCCCGGCAGCCCCGGCUCUGGCUCCCUCAUUCAGCGCAGCCGCUCGGCCGAGAGCAGCCCAGUUCGAGCGCCCCACCGGCGCCACGCGCCCCUCGCGCCAGGCAACCACAGACUUAUGCCCUCGGUGCUCCGAAUCUCCAGGUCCCAGCUACAGCAGGUGUUCUCACUGUCUUCACCUUUUGAGGUAAAUGGCCUCCCUAGGGCUGUGCCCCUGAGCCUGCCCUACCAGGACUUCAAGAAAGACCUGUCUGAUUACAGGGAGCGUGCUCGCCUCCUGCAUAGGGUCCGAACAGUGGACUUCUCCCAUGUUGUCCUCAGUGUCCCUUGUCAGUCCAUGCCAGCUCCUAUCCAGCAAGAGGUCAACGGGAAGGGCCAGGAAGAGGAUAAUGAGGAAGAGGAAGAAGAAGAGGAGGAGGAAGAAGAAGAGGAAGAGGAGGAAGAGGAAGAAGAGGAGGAGGAAGAGGAGGAGGAGGAGGAGGAGGAGGAAGAGGAAGCAGCUUUGGGGCAGGUGCUAGGGCUGAGAAGUGACUCCAGCAGUGAAGUGAGUGAGAAGAGCACAGACAGAAGCCAAGAGGGAGCCCCAUCCACAUUACUUGCUGAUGACCAGAAGGAAUCCAGGGGCAGAGCAUCCGUGGCUGAUGGGGACCUGGAGCCAGAGGAGGGCUCCAAGACACUGGUGCUCUUCUCCCCGGGUGACAUGAAGAAGUCACCUGUCACCACUGACCUGGCUCCUGACCCUGACCUAGGCACACUGGCUGCCCUGACCCCCCAGAAUGAGCGGCCCCAACCCACAGGGAGCCAACUGGAUGUGUCUGAGCCAGGGACGCUGUCCUCUGUCCUCAAGUCUGAACAGAAGCCCCCUGGGGCUGGUACUGGGGUGGGACCAGCUGUAGGACCAGGGGGAGCUGUGGCAGCUGCCUCCUCACCCUUCACCAAAGUUGAGAGGACCUUUGUGCACAUUGCUGAGAAAACCCAUCUCAAUGUUAUGUCUUCCAGUGGGCAGCCCCUGCGGCCUGAGGAAGCCACCCUUGGAAAUGGAGGGCUGGGCCCAGAGGCCAUGCUGGAGAAGAGCGUUGUUGAGGAGAAGCCCCCUGUUCCCUUAGAGAAUGGCAGUAUUCUGUCUGGGCCAGACGGAGCAGAGACAGACAGCUAUGUGCUAUCAGCACCACCUGGGGAUACACCCUCAGAAGUGGCUGGCGAUACUCUGCCCAACGGCCUUGCCCCCACCGAUGGGCAGCCCCUCACCAUCCCACCUGAGCCUGGUCUUUCUUCAGAGCCUGGGGUCCCAGAGAAGACAGUCCCUGUGACCCUCCUUGGCUCCCGACCCCGGAGCCGUAUCCCCAUCCUCUUCUCUGAGGAGGACACAGGCUCUGAGCUGUCAGCCUCAGUCUCGGCCAAAGAACGGUGGUGCAAGCGGACACGGCAGCCUGACCUCGCCCGCCUGGUGAUGGAGAAGAGGCAGGGCCGCCUCCUGUUGCGGCUUGCCUCUGGAGCGUCAUCCUCGGCUUCAUCCAGUGAGGAACGGCGUCGGGCCUCGGAGACGCUGUCUGGCACGGGAUCCGAGGAGGAUACCCAUGACUCAGAUGACUCGGCCCCCAGGAAAGUGGAACGGGCUGUGGGCACAAGGAGCCGAAUCCCUCGCCCGGUCAGUGUGAGGACACCCACCCCGGUACAGCUCAAAAGCGGGGGGAGUCCCCAGAGGAUGCAACACCCCAGUGCCCCCAACAGCAUGGCCCCAUCACCAGACACAGCCAUCACCAGCAGGCUCCAGCUACAGAGAUCCCCUGGGCCUCCAGCCACUGCUGACCUCCGCGCCAAACAACCUCCUGCCCACUCAAGCCCCGGCUCUGCCCCAAACCGUGCCAGUCCCCGCCGCCCCAGCCACAUCCCUCCCUCCCGCGGCCCAAUCCUCCCUUCCGCCAGACAUCUCAGUGCUUCCCCAAGGAGCCAGUCUCUAACCCGGAGAGAGAGUCCCUCUCCCUCCCACCAGGCUAGGCCAGGUGGCACCCUACCACGGGGAGCCCCCCUGGCCAGGGUCCAGCCUCAGGCUCUGGGGCCUGGGCAGCCUGACGGCCUCCCCUCACCGGGGGGCCCCAAGAAAGGACCAAGAGGGAAACUCCAGACUUAUAGCCCGGCAACCAAAGGCAGAGCGGGGGCCUCAGGGGCCUCAGAGGGCAAAACCGGGGCCAGAUAAUGAUGCCUAGCUCUCAAUCCAGUCCGGCUGGGUACACCCCUGACCUUCACUCCUCUCCCCAAUCUUGGCCGGUUACACUGGAUCAGAUACUCCCCCAGCACAGCCUUACAUGCCAGAUAUUUGAGCAACCCACCAACUCUACCAAUUCCCUCCCAAACACCCACACGCAGGCACGCAUCCAUGCACACACACACACACAUUGUGUUGGCGCUUCUUAGGUAAGCCCCAUCCCUUCAAUAGGUCACCAGGAGCCCUUGCUGCCUGGGCAAAAGGGGGCACUUCAGAGGGGAAGAUUCCUCCUCUUUCUCUGGUUGCCUUCUACCUUCCUUACGAUCCUGUGCACUGAAGGAACUCUGAGGCUGGGAUGGGCUGAAUUUCUUAUUCCCCAAGGAAUGAGUGUCCUUGUUCAGACAUCCCAGGCUCCUCUUUGCUGCCCUAGCUGCUACUGGGGGCUGGAGGGAAGCCUGCGGGCUACAUUGGUCUUGGGAUCACCCCCAGGAGUUUUGGGCCAGGACCUUAAGGCCCCAAAGGAGUCAGCCACACUCUAAUUUCAGAUCCCCAGUUUUCUUCAUAGACUCCAACAUCCCUGAGGCCUCCCAUUCAUCCAUCCCUAGCCAUAGCUUCAUUCUUCCUCUCUCUGUCCCUGGUGGGGCUCUGUUCAUGCUCCAUGGAUGACCUCCCCUUCUCUCUUUCCUUCUCCUCCCCUUCUCCUUCCCUGGAAGGCUUUAAGUCUCAGCAGUGAGAAUUCCCUUCUUCACAGGGGCUAGGCCCCACUGCCUCUUAAGACUCAAUCCAGUCUGCACACCCUUUUUUCCCCAGAAAGGAGGGAGUACCGGGGGCCUCCCCUAGCUGUCUAAGAGUGAUUUGGGUUGGGAAGAGAGAGCAGGGUGUGGGGAUGGGGGGAGGGUCAGUCCAACCACUGCUCCUUCUCUGCAUCAAGUGACCCUAAUUCGAUCUGGGUGAUUCACUCUGGAUAAUGUCGUUGUCCUCCCUGGGCACAGUUCUACCCCCUCCCUGCCCCUCAAAGAAUAAGGGUGCCUCAUUAGCACCUGCCACCACAGACAGAAGCCAAAACGCACCCCAGGAGAACCCACCAGAUUGUGACCUGGCUUUGUGGGUGAGUAUUUCAGGAUAGUGGGCUGGCGUGGGCCUUAAAAAAAUAUCUAAACCCCUCUUGGGGUUACCUAAUCCAGGGCUCCGAACUUAACCCCCCACCCUGUUGUCUAACUUUAAUCCCUUCUUCACCCUAUACAGUGCUGCUGAUGUGGCUGUUCACAGCACAUCUCAUUAGAGUAUGCAUCACCCAGGAAAUUUUUUUAAGGUGCCUAUUUAUUGAAUAUACAAUCAUAAAAGGCAUUUUUAUUGGUUAAACAAGCUUAAAAAAACCCUAAAACCUAAUUUAAUUAAAAAAAUAAACUUUAUUUUAAAAUAUAAACUAAAAAUGAGGCAGAAAAUAUCAAUUUUUUAUAUUAGGUUGUGCCCAGACACUAAAAACUUCAUUUAAUUUUCUAAAACAAAAUUAACAAUUAAACUUUAUUUUAAAAUAUAAACUUAAAAGGAAGCAGAAAAUACCAAGUUUAAUGAUGUUAGGAUAUGCCUGGACAUUAAACUUAAAUUAAUUUAAAAAUUUGCAAUUAAACUUUAUUUUAAAAUACAAAAAAAAAAUGAAGCAGAAAAUGCCAUUUUAAAAAAUUAGGGUGUGUCUAAUGGGCUGCAGCUUAAGACUAUCUCUCUCUGUCUGCCUGCAGGGGCGAGGGAGAAGUGUUGUUCCCUGUACUAUCUAUAUAGAGUCUUCUUAGAUUUGAAGACUACCCAGUAUUAUGUGCAGUUAUUAAAGCACCUACUAGGCAUCAGAGAGUCAGGAAGAUCUGAGUUCAACUCCAUCCUCUGUUAUGUCUGGCUGGGUAACCGUGGGCAAGUCACCUUGUCCAUCUCUCAGUGUAGCAGGAGUUCCUGACCUUGAGUUUCUGGUAGCAAUGAAAUCACAGCUGUAGACAAUAUGUAUGUAUAUGUAUGCAUAUAUAUGUAUAUGUUCAUGAAUAUAUACAUACCCCCAUAUAUAUUAUAUAUGGGUAUGUGAGACAGGUAUAAUAGUGAUGGGGUAGGCUGGUGAGCAAGGUUCCCUCAGUUGUGCAAAUCAUGCUCACACCUUUAACUUUUCAAAACUGAUUGAUGCUCUGAAGAUGAGGUGAAAGGGAGGAAUCUAGCCAAGCUUUGGGAAGAUUUCAAAUAGUCAUUCAACAAACACUUACUAAGUGCCUCCUUUGUGCCUAAUGCUGUACUAAGUACUCUGGGGGGAUACCAAGUAGCUCACUAAUGCCCUUCUCCUCCACAGGUCUGCAGAGAGGGCAUACUCUAUAUAGCAGGUCUACCCAGCCCCUCCUUGCCCGGCCUCUACCAAGAGGGCCACCCUACCCUUCAAGCCUGGUGCUGUUUCCUCUGUCUUGGAACCCAGUACUAGAGGCAGGAGACACUGGACAGUAGGGUACGCCCUCCCAGGCAUUUGCUGUCCAUAGGAGAAAGGAAGUGUGUAAGGAAGAAGACUGGCAGGGGAAGAAGGUUAAUACUGGCCCUUCUUUCCCUCUACCCCCUAGGAAUAGUUCUCCUUUGAAGAGCCUCCUCUGAGUGUCCCUCCCUGAGCAGUCAGUCCCCAGGCUGGCCUGACUCUGGCCUGAUCAGAUCCUCUCACUUGCCUGCUUACUUCUCAUUCCUGGCUUUCUGCUCCCUCACUUCUCCAGGGGUAGUAAUCCUUAAUGCCAGGGAGGCAUCCAGAUACUGUGAGGAGUGUUAAUUCUGAUUCCUCCCCAACCCCAGCCCUGCUUCCAGGAGAGAGAACAGAUAAAAUAGUUUUCCCCCAGAGCACUGAGAUAGGUCUGGUCCAUCUGGGGCUACCUCAACCUGUCCUAGACAAUGCAUGGAAUCUCUUAGGGCAGGGAUCUUACCUUGAGCUGGUGGGAGGGAGCACAGACAGCUAGGACUCCUGAAGCUACCAGGCAAAACGAAUGUAAUGUCCUCUUCUCUCCUCCCUUGGUCCUUUCCCCAUCCCUCCUAUUUCCUACAGCUUGCCUGUAGGACUGUUUAGACAAUCCACUGGGAGUUCCAGCUGUUCAGCCACCCCUGAAUGGGGUGAGUGCUCUGGGGAAGAAAGGAGGGGGACUCCCUGCCAGGCCUGUGCUCCAGAAUCAAGAAUGGCAAAGGGACAGAGCUGUAUAGGUUCCAAAAACCCCUUUCUCCCCCUCCCCAGUUAUAUCUCAGCCAGGUCUCAGAAGAAUAGCAUUAUGAGCUUCAUAGGCCAGGGUCAAGGUCAAGGCAGGUUGAUAGCAUUGUAUCUUAUCUUCAAGAGAGAGAAACAGAAGGUGUGAGGACCCAGGUUCUUCUUCCCCUGAAAGAAGGAAUAGUUUAGCAGAGAAGGCAGACACAGGACACAGACUUCCCUUCCUUUCGGUGACAGAACAUUCUAACACUCCGUCCAUCUGUUUUAGGGAACCCUGAUGGUCAGAGAAAAGAGUGGGGAUUCAGGGUUCUCUUCUCCUUCCCCAGCAGAAAUGGUCAACAUUUUUUUUGGCCUCCUCCUACUCCAGAGAUCUAUCUCUGCUGUUACUUGUGAUCUGCUUACCCUGUCUUCAGCAAUUGACCCCUACCCUGUACCCUCAGCCCCACCCUCAGACUGUGAGAGGGUAAAAGGCCUGUUGAAAAAGUAUGCUCAAGAGAACUGUUUAACCAGAAUCCCUUGGUUUGUUUUCUUCACUCCAGAGAGUUCUGGGCACCAGAGAGGGCAUAAGGGGCAGAGAGGAAGCAGUAAGGAGGGCCACCCUGAGAUCCCAAGUUGGUACCAAUCUAGGAUCUAUAUAUAAGAGGCCUAUGCAUCAUCAGAGCCCAGGGUGAAGCCCAGAUUUAGGAAGACGAUCAAGAGGAGGUAAAGGUGGCAAGAGCUUCCACAUCAGUCAUCAGUAAUUGGCCGUUUCCAAAGUGACAGGAUCCAAUUUGCCAAGUAUUUGGCACAGCACAAGCAUGUUAGACAUCCUUGGGUAGGGCAACACCACAGUCAGCCCACCCCCAGAGAUGUAGAUAGAGGAACCUGGAGAAGAUGUCUCAGGCAUUGCCACCUUUCAGCAUGCCUUUUUGAGGUUCCUGUCUAUCUGAGCCUGGGGCAGAGAAAUCCAAAUGAAAAGUUGAGGCUGAUCCAGGACACUUAGGAAUCUCCCUCCCUCCUCACCAAUGACAGGACCCCCUCUAUCUUCCCACCCACUGCCUAGCCUGGUCCUAAUCUGAAGCUAUCCCAUACCUCUCUAGAUUCAGCCAACAGGAGGAUCACCCCAAGUACCAGGGCACAAAGAAUUAUGCCAUGCCCAGGGGUUUGGCAGAGGGAGGGGUUGUACCAAACCCCCUCUCACAUACAUAUACUUAGAGUAUAUCUGACCGACAAUCCAAAAGUCCUAGGGGGGUAGGGUUAUGACCCUCUCUGCUGCCGCCCCAAAUAUGAAUGUAAGGUCCACCCUUGCGGCCAAAGUCUACGCAGGUCAGAUCCUUAAAGGGAGAGAGGGAGAGCCUGAGCUAGCCCUGGGAGACUUGCUGCCUUCCUCCACCUAGAACACGAGCUAGUCAGAUACACCCAAGUCUUUUAGUGGUGGAAGGCGGUGGGAGACUGGAAACGCAAGCAUCUUGAGGACUCUAGCCCUCCCACUGACCUCAGGCUUCAGCAACACAGAAUGUCACAAGGAGCAUGAGGGAAGGGGUCAGGGCUGGACUGGUUUUGGCCCUCAAUUACCGUUUCCCCCCCUGCCUUCCCCAUGCUGCCAGGGUCCAGAGCAAACAUAAUUGCUAUGGCUCCCUCUUUCAAAGAACCCAGCAGAGCCCUGCCUAUUCCUUCUCCCCAGUAUACCUCUCUACCACCACCCAAUACACAUAUCCCAAUAAGGUUGGUCUAAUUAGUACUUAUCCCCUCCUUCCUUGGAUACUCCUCCCUCCCAAAUGAGGUCUCCCCAGCUCAGAGCCCCUCUCGCCCCUUCCUUCAUCAUACAUAAGCCUUUCAGAAGGAAGAGCAAGCCUGUUUUAAACUCAGAAAUGGGGUUUCCUCUACAUAGUUCCCUCCUCCCACAGAAAAGAAGAGACCCCUCCCCCAAUCCCCAUCUAGGCCUGGCUGGCCCCACCAUGCACUUAGGGGAUGGUAGGUUGUGUGUCAAGACACACAGACUGCUCUGCCAGCAUUCAUGGGAUAGGUCUCUGGUCUAAAGUCUCUCAUUCCAAGAGGAAAUGGGUCAGGAUAGACCUCAGGCUCCCUUGGCCUUCCUCAGCACCCACUGUUUAGGGAUGUGUUGGAUCUGGGGGAAGGUUUGGCCACCCUCCUCCAAUCUCUACGUUCUACUGAAGAAGCCACAGAAGAAUGUUUACAUGCCAAACAGAAUGUAACAAUCCCCCACCACCCCUACUCUCUCUCUCUCUCUCUCUCUCUCUCUCUCUCUCUCUCUCUCUCUCUCUCUCUCUCUCUCACACACACACACACACACACACACACACACACACAGAGACACUGCCUACAGUCAUUGCAUGGCCUCUGCCCCACCUGCCUGGCCCUGUCCUGCCCCUGGCCUUGGAACUCCAACAUGGUCCAUGCCCCACAGCACCACCCCCAAGCCACUGUCAUAAUUAGAUUGGGUCUUGGAAGGGAAGUAGCCAUGCCAUUAAAGCCUGUUGACCUUU